CCUUCUGACUCAAAGAGACAGAAACUCACCCAAUCCUCAUCUCCGCCUACUAGACAGAGCUCAUCACAAUGGCAAAACACCGCAGAUGGGUGGCAUCGUGAGGAGAACUCUUUUGCUUUCAUAGAUCCGUUGACCGAUUCAGACUGGCACGCCAUUCGUGACUUUUACCAGAUUCAAGAUGCAACAUCUGAUCAGGUGGAAUUUUCAAGUAGCUCAGUACUGUCGGCUACUACGUUUAAGAUUAAAGAAUAA